GCUCAGCUGGAACGCCAACAAUAAGUCAAACGGAUAUGCCAAGAGCUGUCUCCCACAGAUCAACUGCUGCCUCGAACAUUGGACCGACGACACCCAAGCGACAAGAUCCUGCCGACAGCGAUUCCACCUGGUCGUCGAGGCUUCGACGCCGACCUUUUGAGAGGUCUCAGGUCGCUGUGCCUUCCAACAAGGAGCAGGAUGCAAAUAAGAUGAUUUGCUCGCCUCUGGCGUUCAUCUCCGCUGCCCUACUUCUUAUUUCCGGAGCCAUGGCCACGGCUUUUCUACUAUUGGCCAAGGCCGAGCCGCAGCCACACAUUGUGUUCAUUCUGGCAGAUGAUCUGGGCUGGAACGACGUCAGCUUCAACGGCUGCCCCCAGAUUCGAACACCCAACAUCGACGCCCUGGCCUGGAACGGUGUCCGGUUGAGUCGGUACUACACCCAGCCCCUUUGCACGCCUUCGCGGGCCACGCUUAUGACCGGACAGUAUCCCAUCCAUACCGGCACGCAGCACAGCGUGAUUUUCAACGAGGAGCCCAGAGGUCUGUCUCUGCGCUUCAAACUCCUGCCGCAGUGGCUUGCUGAGCGCGGAUACAGAACGCACAUGGUCGGAAAGUGGCAUCUGGGCUUCCACAAGACUGAAUACACACCGACAAAGCGUGGAUUUCACCACCACUUCGGUUGUUGGGGCGCCUACGUCGACUAUUUCACUCACCAGAAAACGUAUAAUGGGCCAGAGAGAAAUGCAGGUCUGGAUUUCCGGCGAAACCUUUCCAUAUCACCGAAUGAGUCUGGAACGUACGUCACCCAGCUCCUGACAAGAGAGGCGAACGCCAUAAUCGAAAACCACCCCGUCGACAAGCCCUUAUUCUUAUACUUGGCCCACCAAGCACCGCACUCAGCUGAUCGGAAAGAACGCCUGCAAGUUCCCAAGGAAUACAUCGAGCAGUACCGCGACAUUGGAGACUGGAACAGAACACUUUACGCUGGCAUGGUGUCGGCACUCGACGAAUCCGUGGGCGCCGUGUUCCAGGCUCUGAAUCGUCGGAACAUGCUGAGCAAUACGGUCUUCGUGUUCACUUCGGACAACGGCGGGGACACCGAGAGCGAGAACGCCAACUUCGCCUCCUCGUGGCCCCUGAAGGGCCAGAAGUACACGCCCUGGGAGGGCGGAGUCCACGCCCCCGCCGUCAUCUGGAGCCCGCGUUUUUCUCGCCUACUGGGAUCCGUCUAUAGCAACCUGUUCCACAUCUCCGACUGGCUACCGACGCUGUACCAACUGGCCGGCGGCCUUCCCACUGAGAUGGCCGGAGACAUCGACGGCUUUAGCCACCUCGAUUCACUCACCCGUGGAACCAAACACCCAAGGCACGAACUCCUCAUCAACAUCGACCCCGUGGACAAUUACUCUGGGAUAAUUGAAGGCGAUUUCAAGCUGGUCAAAGGUACUGCAUUCGGUGGUGGUUCCGACAAGUGGUAUCCUAUCCCCGGGAAUGUUCCGUGGGAUUCGGACAAGCCUCUAAAGCAGUGCGAGAGCUCCGUGGUCGUCCGGGUCUUGAGGGACUUUGGUCUGAGUCCCGUGUGCGGUGCGGGCGGCGCGCGGUACGCGGACUCCGUUGAAUGCGGCGAGAGGGACCCCAGCAAGGCGUGUGCGUCGGAAAAGUCACCUUGCCUCUUCGAUCUGUCGAAGGACCCCUGCGAGUACAACGAUGUCGCUGGCCAAAAUCCAGAGGUUGUGGAACAACUCCUAGAGAAAUUGGCUCGCUAUGAGGCCACAGCUGUGAAACCAGAGAAUCUUCCCGGUGACCCACGAUCGAAUCCAAGCUUGCACAAUAACGUCUGGGUGUCAUGGGAUGACGUUUCCGUGCCAGAUUCGAAGAGAUGAUAUGCUUUUUUUUUUUUAUUAGUUACCGCUUGGCCAUAACCAAGUCCAACCAUGAUGUGUUCACCGAGCACCUAGGACGUUGCAAAAACUAGGGGGCUUAACCGCUUCGAGAACAAGCAAUACGUCC